AUCAAACACGGAAGCCUGACUUGUGUGUGAACCCAAACUUAAUACAUAAGAUAUAGAAAGUCAAACCAUACACUACUACUGACACACUUUCAACUCAAUGGAUCAUGCCUCCAGUGACUCCGACCCACAUCCGUUCUGGUCGAAUUCCCGGCCAUCCGUCGUCCCGGAUACACCAUCGACGUCCAAUUCCGACACCCGACGUGCCACCCAUUCCGAUGAAGAGGUUAUACUGGCGUCAAGUCGACCUAAAAAGCGCGCAGGCAGAAAAAAGUUCAAGGAGACUAGGCAUCCAGUGUACAGGGGAGUCAGGCAGAGAAAUACGAAUAGGUGGGUUUGUGAGCUAAGAGAACCGAAUAGGCAAACCCGGAUUUGGCUAGGGACGUACCCUACAGCUGAGAUGGCUGCUCGGGCUCAUGACGUGGCUGCAUUGGCGCUUAAGGGCCACGGGGCGUGUCUCAAUUUCGCUGACUCCGUGUGGUGCUUGCCCCUCCCGAGUUCGAAGGAUGCUAAGGACAUUAGGAAGGCGGCGGCUGAGGCGGCGGAAGAAUUCCGGCCAAGGGAUCGGUGUGACAACACUAGUGGAGGUGAGGCAAGGCAGGAGGCUUCUGAUGGAGCUUCUAGCAGUAAAGAGGUGACAGGAAAUGUGAAGACUUUCCCGGAAAAUGAAAAGACUUUGCGGGAAAAUGUGUCGUAUGUGGAUGAGGAAGCUAUGUUUGACAUGCCGGGAUUGCUUGUCAACAUGGCAGAAGGCCUCUUAAUCUCCCCGCCUUCUUCUUUAGGGCAAAAUUUCAGUGGCGGUGACAUGGAAAGUGAUGUUGAUGUGCCAUUGUGGAGUUACUCAAUUUGAUAGAUUGGACUUGAGGUUAGGCCAUUUUUUCGUUCUUUUUAAUUGUGUGCGGUACGUGUAGUACCAAAACAGAGAUUUUUUUUUUUUUUUUUUCGGAAGUUAGUACCAAAGCAGAGUUGCAAGCAUAACUUAUUAAAAACUAUGUAUAGUUUGACAGGUUAUGGUGUAAUACAAAUUUGUUCGGUAUUCAGGGUAUUAUUCUUUUUGUUUGUCCAUGGAAAGAACAAAUCUUAAAUUGUGAAACUUUAUUAAUUUUACACUGGGAAGCUUAAA